UUGAGAUUGUGACCUUAAGAAGCAGGAGGACGACGGGACUGCGUGGGACCGGGAGCACGGAGGCUACGGGGUAACGGAAGGAACAAAGACCGGAGACCGGCUUGGUGACGCCCAGAGCAGGGCGGGGCGAGAAGUAAUGUCAAGUCGGCGCGGGUCGCGAGCUUCUGCGUCUGUGUGGAGCCGGUGGAGCAGCCGCUGCCUCUCUGGUCUCUUUCCCUGAACCAGUCAGGUCUGUCUGGGGGAGAAAGCUGCAAUCGGUCUCUGACUCCGGAACGCGUCUGGGCAUUGGGUCAGUUGCCCUUCUGAGUUGGCCUCGGUGGCAGUUGUUAUUACAAACUCUAGCAAGGAUGGAGAAGCUGCAGCUCAGACCCAGGGCAUUUGACACCUUCUCUGGCUCCACAGGCGCCAAACGUGACUGAGGUGUACUUACAUGAAGGCAAAAGACAGCAUAAAGAUAUCAGCAAUCUUAACUGCUUCCCAACUUGGACCUACAAAGCUGUGUAGCUGAGCUCAGCUCCACUGGAACACUAUGCCCAGCCUCAAGGCCCCAGAACUUCACCUGCAGGGGAAAUGUCCCGAGUGACCUUGCUGUCCAUGGCCCACCGGCUGCAGAUGCGUCUUCUGACAUGGGAUGUAAAGGAUACCCUGAUCAAGCUCCGCCGUUCUGUUGGGGAGGAGUAUGCCAGCAAGGCCCGGGCCCAUGGGCUGGUGGUAGAAGCCACAGCCCUGGAACAAGCCUUUGGGCAGGCAUACCGGGCUCAGAGCCACAACUUUCCCAACUAUGGCCAGAACUGUGGCCUUACCUCCCGUCAAUGGUGGAAGGACUUGGUCCUCCACACCUUCCACCUGGCAGGGGUCCCAGAUGCCCGGGCCAUUACUCCCAUUGCUGAUCAUCUCUAUGAAGACUUCAGCAGCCCCUCCACCUGGCAGGUGCUGGAGGGGGCCGAGACUACCCUGAAGGAGUGCCACAAGCGGGGUCUGAGGCUGGCUGUGAUCUCCAAUUUUGACCGACGCCUAGAGGACAUCCUAGUAGGCCUCGGCCUGCGAGAACAUUUUGAGUUUGUUCUGACUUCUGAGGCUAUGGGCUGUCCUAAACCAGACCCACGAAUUUUCCACGAGGCCUUGCAACUUGCUCAUGUAGAACCUGCAAUGGCAGCUCAUAUUGGGGAUAGUUACCCCUGCGAUUACCAGGGGGCUCGGGCUGUGGGCAUGCACAGCUUCCUGGUGGUAGGUCCAGAGCCUUUGCACUCCUCAGUCAGAGAUUCUGUACCUAAAGAGCACAUUCUGCUCUCUCUGUCUCAUCUCCUGCCUGCCCUGGACCUUCUGGAGGCCUCAAGUCUGAUGAGGGAAGGAGGUGGGACCAAAUAAACAUUGGAAGCAAGGAGUCCCUUCUUUCUCCCCUCCCCUGCCUUCCCUCCGCAAUCUCGAUAAACUAUUCUGAUCCUAGAACAGCAAGAGCUUGGCAGUAGCUUAGUUUUUGAGUUCACUCAUUAUUCAUACCUCCGUCCCUCUUUAUUUAUUAUAUGGGGGUGUGGGUUAGAGGCUAAUUUUAUAGACUCUGGUCUCUCCAUCUUCCCAUGGGUUCUGGGGAUGGGACUGAGAUCAUGUGCACAUGUGCUACUAUGCACCCGGCUGUCUCACCAGUUCCCUCUGUCCCUCCUCUGUCCCUUCUAUCGUAACCUGCUCCAUAUCCACGGAGGGACCCUAUUCACAACCAGGUUGAUGUGAACUGUCUCUAGUCCACACUGGCCUGGAGCUCGUGGUCUUUCACCAUCAGCCUUCUGAAUCCUAGAAUCACAGGUGUGAGCCACUUUUAAGAGCUAGGGACGUGGAUCAGCAGUACAGCACUUGUCUGCCUUAUGAGGCCCUGUGUUCAAACUAGAUAUAUUCUCAUUCUCUCUCCCUCGCCUUUACAGCAAGGGCUUGUUGUCACUGGAAGUCUGACACCCCACUGUGCAACACACAAAAUCAAAAAAGCCCAGAGAAGUUGAAACAGAAAUCCCUUCCCAACCUUGGAACCUCAGGGUUAGAUGAAUCAGGGUGCUGGGCUAUACAGUAGGGACGCUGUGCACCCUUGAGAGGACGACACUGUAACUCGUUCAAAGGACAUUGCUGGCUUGUGCCUGCCCUGCAACAGAUACCCUGAUAAAUGUUUUGUUUUGUUUUUGAGGCAGGAUUUCUCUGUGUAGAUUUGGAACCUAUCCUGGAACUCUCUCUGUAGACCAGACUGGUCUUGAACCCAGAAAUCCGCCUGCCUCUGCCUCCUGGAGGGCUUAAAGGCGUGUGCCACCACGCACAGCCCACUAAAUCUUUUUACCGCAAAGCUAUUCAGUGGGCAAAGGUGGCAUAACCCCCACUUUACAUAUGAAGAAACUGAGAUCCAGGGCUUAAUCUGUCUGUGGUCACACUUGUGAGGGAACCUGGAUUCCAAAUUUGCCUGUCUGACUCAAAAAUCUAUUGACUUAACCACUGGGUUAUAACUAGACAGGGACCCGUGUCAUGUGAGAGUACAGUGGAUUUUUUUUUCCUUUCAAGCCAGGGUCUAUCUGUGUAGUCCUGGUUGUCCUAUAACUUGCUUUGUAAACCAGGCUGGUCUUGAACUCCUGGUUUUGCCUCCCAAGUGCUGGGAUGGGUGUGGGCCAUGACACCUGGCUGUUUGUUUUUUUUUUCAAUUUAAUUUUCCUUCCUGUCUUACCUAUACAGAUGUUGUCUAUUAGAUAAAUCUGUGCCUUGUUCAUUGCUGGGCACAGGGGAUAGCAUGGGCUAUCAGCACAGAUAAACAUGAGUAUAUAGGCUCUGAUAUAACAGUGACUCUGGAGGGGACUCUCACCAGGGAAUAAAGCUUGGGUGAUAUCUGGACAGUCAGAGGAAGAGGUGUGUUUGCAACAGCCCCACCAUGAACUGUGAGCUGAACACUGUCAGGGCAUGGCCUGGGGCCUUUGGAUACUAAUGGAAGAGGGUGACUUUGUCCCUAGAUGUUUUUUUUUUUUAACAGAGCCCAUGUCCAGGCAAUGGCAGAGCUCUUCAGACUGACGAAACCUUUCUGCCCUGGAUCUGAUGACUCAGUAGUAACUCCUAAGGGUCAGGCAGUGAACACAAGUCAUGAGCCGUGGUCCCAGCUACAAGGGUCUCAGAAACCUUCAACAAAAGUUAGCUGACGAUAGCAGACCUGUGGUUUGAUCUGACCAGUGUUUUGAAGAAGUAAGCAAGCAAACCUAACAAAGCAUUUCACAUAUGGACACUGUAGCACUGUCUGUAACCCUGGCAUUCUAGAGGUGGAGGUUACAUAGUGAGUUCAAGGCCAGCCUAGGCUGUGUGAAACAGUAAAAAAGCAACAAAGGAGCCGGGUGGUGGCGGCACACAUCCUUAAUCCCAGCACGUAGGAGGUAGAGGCAGGCUUGUCUACAGAGCGAGUUCCAGGACAGCCAGGGAUACACAGAAAAACCCUGUCUGAAAAAACAAACAAAAACCCCUCCUGAUGACCCACGUGUGCCCUGGGACUCCACAGAGAUGGGGGAGACUCUACAACAAUACAGCUAUCCUCUGAUGACUUCUACAUGUGCACCCUGGCACGUGAAUGCCACCUCAUAUUGAGCACAAUAAUAAAUUAAAAACUAAAAAUCAGCCGGGCGAUGGUGGCGCACGCCUUUAAUCCCAGCACUCGGGAGGCAGAGGCAGGCGGAUCUCUGUGUGUGAGUUCGAGACCAGCCUGGUCUACAG